GAUGGCUCUCCAGCCCACCAGGGUCUCCACCAGCCAGCCAGCCAGACUGCUCAUUCACUUGUCUGGUUCUGCCUGUGACACACGUCUCUGCUGCCCGCCGUCUGCUUCUUCACACUCUCAGAAAUGUGCGACAUGCCUGAGAAUUGCGCAAUUUGUAAAGACAAAUUCGAUGAACUUCUACGGAGGCCGCGAAAUCUGCCUUGUGGCCAUAUAAUCUGCUCAGUGUGUACUAGAGCUAUUGCACUGAAGGGUCUGUUCUUUUGCCCAAGCUGUCAUCCUGAGCGCAGUGUAGCAGCUGAUGCUCAGUUGCCAGUUAAAAGUGCCGAGGCCAUUAUCACGAAACAAACUGAUAUUAGGCCGACGUCGGUGGCACCAGAAUCUGUUGAACCAAAAGACAGUCCAAGAAGAGACGAUAAAAUUUUACAGUCGAUGGUGGAGCAGCAAAAGCUCAGAUUGAACACGUGUAUAAUUCGUUGUAACAGACCACUCUCAAAUUUGGGCAAACACCACGUCCUGCUGAGGGACUCGAGGAUUAAACACUACCGACUUGAGGCGGGACUCUCUAGUCUGUUGGAACAGAACAACGCGGCGAUAAGACUGCUGGAGCUAGAGCUUAAAAGAGUGGCAGACAUGGCAACAGUAGGCCAGGAAAUAAGGCGGCAGCUACAAGAGUUGAUGGUGCGCCUCAACACGGUAGACACUGUAAACAAUGCAAGAGAGGUAUACGUGAUCAUGGAUGGCAUUGAUAAAUAUAAGAGGAGUUUAAAGAAAUGGGGGAGGAAGUGCCAGGAGCUAUGCUGGAACUCCCGUGCUAUCUUCUUCUCAAUUAAGAGGCUGGAGAAAGCGAAGGCUUCCCUGAAGGCAACCUCUGAGAAGCAGGCCGCAGUAGCCCCCGUCAACCAGGAAGAGACUACAGUAGCCCCCGUCAACCUGGAUGACUCUUCCUCCAGCAAUGAAUCUGAAGAUCAGUCGGCUGAUGAAGACUUCUUUGGCACGAUGUUAACAUUUAGUAUCGAAUAUCUUCGUAAAAUCAGCCGGCCUCUCCAGAGCUUGUUCUUGAGUGGCCGGGUCUUCUCUGUCAAGGAAUUUCAUGGCGGGUUUUACUCGGCAAGGAUAACAUUACGAGGAGAAGCAGUUUACUUUCAUGCAUUGGAGAAGCGGCCUCCCAACGCUUGUCCUGAUACAAUCAAGGACAGAGCCAUGUUGCAGUUGCUGGACCACUGCGCCACCGUGGCAUAUGACUUCAUUGAAUGCGACACAGCUACUGUGGAACAAGUAGAAAUAUGCACCAGUCCUGACACUGCACUGAGCAAACAGUUCGUAUCGCUUCAUACUGGUGAGGUUCAUCAAGCUGGGGACUCUGAAGAACACGGAGUGUAUGUGGUAGUUGGGGAAUACGACAAGUUGUCUAAUAAAGACACUCAUGAUCCACGACCCACCGUGGAAGGGCAGUAUGAGAAGCCAGCCAUGGAUUGGGAUGUCAACGCAUGGGUGCGGCCGGACACUGGAAAUUGGGUGCAGUUCGGGAUCAUGCUUGAUUGCUGCAUGUCGUCUGACAAUUCUUCAGAUGUGCCUGGUGGGGCGGUGGGAGAUCAGGGUGCGUUGAAGGCGGGUGCUCAGGCCACUGACGUCAUCGAGUCGGUAGAGCUCGACUGUGGUAUUGUGCUGCCAUUUUAGGUCUACACUGCUAUCCCACUUACCAGCAUUGUCACCACAAUGCUUCAUCCUUUUGUCUGUAAUUUAAUUGUUGGGGAUUUCACAAAUGUAAUAGUUUCAUUCUAGUUUACACACUGGAAUGACGUAGCAAGUGGAUUUGUAUAAUUAAAAUAAAACGGUGAUUUAGUACAGUGUAUAGGCCUGCAAUGUAAUAUACGCCUAUGUAGCACAGCUCGAAGGCUCUGGGAACACCCUUUCCUUACAGCUGUUAGGUACUGUCGAUCAAAUAUUCAAACUCCUGCAGGAAGUUCCAAAUUGUGAUACUUACUUUCAUGUGUCUGGGUUAGUUCUAUUGCAUCCAUAUUUGUUUAUUAUAACUAUAUUUAUUUAGGAAAGUGUUAAUAAGCUAAUAGCAUUAGCUUAUGGAUAAGCGUGUGGCAACAGCACUUAAAGCACUGUCAUCUCCUUUAUCACUAUUAACGCAUUAUCACCAGCCUUUACUUAGCACCACCACAACUUUUUUUUUUACACCAUAGCCGAUGUCACCUUCAGUGACGUCAUCGUUAAUUAUCAGCUGUUGGUCACACAUCACCAUCGCAUCUGCUUUACAGCUGUUCUUGUAUGUCCUUAAAUUCAUUCCUGCCUUUGAAUCCCUCGCCAUUGUCGCCCCUAACAAUCACCUGUCAGGCGGGUCCCACAAACGGGCAAGUGACCAUACCGAGCAAUAAACAUUUUAAGUCGCUAUUAACAUUUAUGGCUACCAUGAGGUAGCUCACUUUUAAUAUGUAUUUUACACAAUAAAAAACUAUAUUUUAAUGUUAUUAUCCAAGAUGUUAACCGUUUCCAUUAAAUGGGUAAUACCUAGACUAAGU